CAGGGUUCCUGGUCACCUCUGCUGGGUGACAGAGGGGAGGAGCCGGCUGCAAGAGGAGGGGAGUCCUACGGGAACCUAGACCCAAGGUCUGCAGCCAGGGGUAGAUAGAGCAGGCCUCGUGUAUUCAUGCAUUGCAGCCCAUCCCGGGGUCGCAUUGCAACCCCUAGACUAGGGAACCCCAAGUAUUUUGAUCCAGAUCCUGCUGGGUCUCCCAGCACUCACCUACACUGGGCUUGGGGGUUGGGCAGGUUUCACAGACCACCUGUAUCCACCAUGCUCUUGGAAGAAGUCCGCGUCGGUGACCGACUGAGUAGCGCCGCGGCUCGUGGCGACGUGCAUGAAGUGCGCCGCCUUCUGCACCGGGAGUUGGUACAUCCGGACUCUGUGAACCGAUUUGGCAAGACGGCUUUGCAGGUCAUGAUGUUUGGGAAUCCAACCAUUGCCUUGGAACUCCUGAAGCAGGGUGCUAGCCCCAAUGUCCAGGAUGCCUCUGGUACCAGUCCAGUCCACGAUGCAGCACGCACUGGGUUUCUGGACACCCUGAAGGUGUUUCUGGACCAUGGAGCUGAUGUCAACGCCCCUGAUGGGACCGGCGCACUCCCCAUCCAUCUCGCUGUUCGGGAGGGCCACAGCACCAUAGUUAGCUUCCUGGCUCCGGAGUCUGACCUGCAUCACAGGGAUGCGGAAGGCCUUACCCCACUGGAGUUGGCGCGGCAGAGAGGGGCCCAAGACCUGGUGGACAUCCUGCAACAACACAUGGUGAUUCCCCUGUGACCCAGGGCCACCAUGUCCUGCAAGAGAACCUCACUGGGUUCCACAUCAACAAAGGGGAGGAAAGAAACUUUCUCUUUCCACUCCUGCCCACGACAGAGAGGGGUGGGAGGAGCAGUUUGUGGCUUAUUGGUGUUGAUUUCAGGAGUGUGUGUGUUUGGGGGACAUUUCUUGUUUUUCUCACCCCUUUGGUGUGUUGGACAGAGAAGGGGGUUCCUACUGGCAAGAGCCCCCUAAACGGUUCAGUUUCCUCUGCAUCCAGGGCACCCAGGGAUGCAGAGACCUCAGGGUAGAGCCUCAGACUGGGCUCAUCACCCCAGGGUUUUGACCUUGGGGGCUAUGCUCAGAGCCCUUGAAGUGUGAUCCACCUGCUUUGGACAGGGGGAAGAGUAGCCUGAGUUCAUCCCCAUUUUCUUGAAUGCUUGUUUUCCAGUCUGUUGUACAGAGUUUGAGAAAAAAAGAUUAUAUUUAUUAAGCUUUAUGGAAAGAAAUUGUGUGUGAUGAUGACGUUUUAAUCCAUUAAAUGAAAAGCUUCUGA